AUGGGCUCCGCCACCGCCGUCUCGGCGCCCUCGGCAGCGCCGGUCCUCCGCAUCCGGCCGCCGCCGGCGUGGACGCCUGAGGAGGAUGCGCGCCUGGAGCGUCUCGCCAGGGAGCACGGCUUCCGCCACUGGCGCCGCGUGGCGGCGCGCAUGGUGCCGGGGCGAUCGUCGAGGGAGUGCCGCGGCAGGUGGCGCAACCACCUCGCCCGCGACGUGUACCACCGGCCUUUCACCGCCCGCGACGACGACGACCUCGCGCGUCUUUACGUCCGCCACGGCGGUCGCUGGAGGGAGAUGAGCCGGGCCGUCCACGGGCGCACCUCCCGCGUCAUGAGGCGCCGCUGGAGGGAGGUUCGCGACAGCGAUGCGUUCCUGAGCAGGCUGUGGAGGCCGCGCGCGCCCGUCAGUGCUCCGGCUCAUCAGGAUGCCGCCGUGAUGGAGCCGUCGUUGCAGCAGCAGCCGGUGUUCACCUGCGUGGGGCAAUGUCUACUGCUGACCGAGCCGCUCCUAGCUUCUUUCCGCAACCUUUUGAGCCAGUAA